AUGGGGCGUGGUAGCAGCCGGAGACCUGCUGGGAAGUUGCCAUCUCAGUCAUCCCUGGAUGAGCGGGUGGGCCCUGGGGACAGAGGAGAGAGACGGUUGGGAGAUGGACGGAGGCUGGAGAAGAUCCAUUCUCAGGACUACGAGGAUGGGGAGGAGGACUUGGGUUCAGAAACACACCGGAGACGCCCUGAGGAUGAGGAGCAGAGGGAACGGCAGCGCCGUGAGGAGGAGUUCCAGAAUCGUUACCGUAGUGACCCCAACCUGGCCCGAUACCCAGUGAAACCACAGAAAGAGGAGCAGGAGAUGCGCAUGCAUGCUAAGGUGUCCAAGGUACGCCAUGAACGACGACACAGUGAUCUGGCGAUCAACGAGGUUGGACUGGGACCUGGUGAAGGAGGAGGAGGAGGAGGCAGUACAGGUGAGGUGCCUGAAAACCGACUGGCCAGGAGGAUUGGAGGUGGGGAGGGAGACCGCAAUGCCCUCCUGGAGAACCACCGAGCCUACUCUGUGGAUAGGACCGUGGGGGUUGGAGGGGGGCCAUCACCUGCUGGAGGUGGAUUGAGAUCAGGGCCCCAACCUGGGGGACCGGUGCCCCCAGACUGGGGCUUGAGCAAGGGCCGCCUAGAACCUGUUACAACACGGACAACAAGGGACAAAGGUGGGGAUAACCUGCUGAGGAAGGACUCCCAGAGCUCGGACCAGUCAGAGUCUUUGCGGCCGCCCCCUCCACGGUCAUACAAGAGCAAGCGCGGAGUCAACAAGAGGCAGAUGUCCAUCAGCAGCUCAGAGGAGGAGGGCGGCUCCACGCCCGAGUACACCAGCUGUGAGGACGUGGACAUGGAAAGUGUCAGCGAGAAAGCAUCCAGUGACAUGGCAGCCAUCUAA